AUGCAGGACACAAAUAAUUUAAAUAACGAAAAUUCAAACAAUAAUCCUAACAAUUCAAGAAGUAACUAUGUAAGCAAUAAUUCUCAUUUCACCCCAUUAAAAAAACAAAUUGCUUCAUUAUUUCAUUUAAUCGUACUAAGGGAGCUCCUAAAGCUUCAAAUUUUACUUUCACUUCUGAAAUACAACAAUCUUUAUCAUCAAACUUAUAUUCCACCACAAAGUGGUCAUGAACAUGUAGAAAUCGCAAAAGUUAAAGAUGGUACUAGUAAAGGAAUAUUUGAUAAUAAUUAUUCACUCAAUCAUGUUAUACCAGUCGAAGGAAAUAAUUUAUUUAUGAAUGAAAUUUCGUAUAAUACAAAUAUUGAUGCAUAUUGCAAAAUGGUUAUUUAUCUAAAAUGA